AGUUAAGAGGAAACAGGAGCUGAGUCGGUCCUGUUGUGUUUGUUUGAAGUGUGUGGCCUAGGCAGCAUGCGUGUUUGGUACACCGCCGUUCGCAGGAACACUGACUUUGUCGACAAAAUUCCCUUUGAACAGAAGCGGAUGUGAGGAAAAUAUAAUCAAGUCCAAAUUAUUAUUUUAUAAGGAAGCAUGGACUCUUGCAGAUGACUAGCAACAUUCUCGUGGAUUUUACUAGUCUGGAGUGGAAAUGUACUACUGCGUUUAUGUGGAAGCCUCGAAGUAGACGAAAAUUGUGUUAAAUAAGGCGAAUGUGGAUGUAUGCUGUCCAGGGCUUUGGAGCAAGGUUUCCACAUCAUGCCCAUUGUUGUAGAUCCUUAAUUACCACCUCAUCAUCUUCAUGAGACAAAAUGGGUUCCAAUGUUGAACUUGAUAUUGGAGCUGAUAUUUCAGAUGAACGACAUUGUAAGAAUCAAGAAGUGAGAAAUUCAACAAACUGUGGACUGAAGAAGACACGACAGCGGAAGAAGAUCUCUCCUUAUUCUUCCAACGUUUCUGGGAUUCAACACUGCACUAAUGCAACUGGAGAACCUCUUGACCAAGACAGGUUGAAAAGCAGCAAAGAUUAUCAACAUGUCUUGUUGGAUGUUGCUGCCACUUGCACAAAGAAUGAACCAGAGAGUGCAGUGACUGUGACAGCAGUGUCUGGGGUUACCUUGUCAGAAGAGACUGAGAAGUCCCCAAGAUUAAUGGUCAGCUGCACUUCCUCACAAGGAGAGCGCGAGAGAGUCAAAGAAACACCAGGCACUCUACCUUUGUUAUCCAUGCAUGUGAGAUGGGAGAGGGAGGAUGUUAGCCUUAAACCAGUUGAAGGAGUAGGUUUAGGCAGUGUGGAUUGUGUGGUUGGUGGAAAUCAAGAUGAAAAUGUAAACCAACUUAAGAAAAUUGAAGACCAACACUACUGCCAUAUUGAAUCUAGGGAUGCAGCUGCACCUUCCAGCCUAGAUUCAUUAACUGAUAAAACUGAGCUUGGCAAAACACAAGUCUCUAUGAACCAAAGUGAACAAUCAGUGUGCAGCCAAACAAGCUAUAAAAAUGCUGAAGAGGAUACAACUGGUGUGUGUUUACAGGCUUACUUAAGUGCAUCUCUUCCUUUGUUCUAUGUAACCGUUGUAAAAGAUCCACAAUAUGAAGAUAUUUCAGACACAGAAGAUUUAUCAAAUAUGGACAUGAAUCUCCUAAACACAAAGCAAAGGGACCCUUCAAAUGAAGACGUAAGUGAAGAAAAUCCAGAAGUUGAUAAUAAUGAUGAGGAGCUGCCUUCACCUUCAUGUGAAGUGUCUGAAGCCAGUAUUACGCAGUCUGGAGGUGUGCAGAGUCAGGCCAAGAUUCCAAAGAACCAAACACUUGGCAUAGCACAACAUUGCUCUUGUCCAUGUUUUGUUGAAACGGAGGAUGGGUUUGAACGUUUAUUAUGUCCUAAAUGUGACAGUGAGAAACAUUUAAAUUGGCAAGCAAGCUGCUCUUUGAGCCCCCUUUCUGAUGCACAAGACCAAGAGGAGACUGAUGAGGACGAUGAUUGGCUAGUUAUGCCUAUUAGCGUGUUAGAUGUUAAAUGGGAACCAGCAGAUGAAGGCCAGGCUGACCCAGAAACAGUUUCACAGCAUGAUGGUGAGGAUGAAGACCAGGUGAAACAAAGUGACACAAAUCCAGCUGUCUGUGAGGUACCCAGAUCUGUUCCAAACCAUGUACCAGCUUCUGCUUUUUCUAUGAUGGAGGUUUUUGACACACCUUCUCAUCUAGCAAAAGUCAUACAAUCUAGAGAGACAAUGCAACAAUCCUUCAUGGUGCCUUCUUCCUGGGGCACAACUGAGACAAAAGCUCAUAGACCGCAAAAUAGGGAAUCACAUAGUGAUCCUGAUGACAGUUGUGAAACUGAAGAUAGUUCUGAUUACUCUUCUGAUUCAGGACGUAACUAUCUGACAGUGUCCAAACAGUUGUUAAAUAACCUGUCAGUGCCUGCAUCAGCAGAGAAAAAUGACUCUGAUUCUGAAAAAGAAAAUGAAGACCAUGAGAUGACAAAUUUACAACAAAGUCAAACGGGGGACAGAAGCAAGCCUUCGGAAAAGGAUGACAUCAUCAACCUUGAUUCUGACACAGAGGAUGAAGGUGUCCAAAGCUGUCCAGAGACAAAAACAAAGAGAUUGUUCUCUGUGUGCAUAGAGAAUAGUGGAGCUGCCAGCCUUAAUCAACUGAAGAAACCUUCUCCUGAAACUGUUGAUGGUCAAUGCAGAACUGUGAAAGGAAACUGUCAAACCAAUGGACUUAAAUCUACAUUAUCCAGAUGUUGUAACGAAGUGAUCCAGAGUGGGAACUCUGACCUUUCACAAAGGACAGAAAAGUGUAAUAAUACUGGAUCUCACCAUGGUAUAAAAGCACAAAACAUUUCAGAUGAUCCUGCUGUUAUAGUAAUAUCUGACACAGAGGAUGAUGGAAACCAAAUUAACAGACAUUUCAAGAGGAAAAGUGGACUCCUCUCUGAGUCGAUGGGGAGGGAUGGUACUUCACAUGAUGAAAAAAGGAAAAACAAUAAAACGCAGGACGGCAAGCAUGAAAGUGCUAGAAGAAAGACCAAAGAGCCUGGUAUGUUUCCUGCAGACACAAAGUCUCAGCAUCAAUCCAAACUUCAACAUCCACAGUUGAAAGAAAAGAAACAGGACGUAAAUUUUAGACCAUCGCACAGUAUAAAGAAGAGAAAACUGAUUAAAGUUAUAAGGGAUCCUAAGCACUUUCAUCAAAAAGCCAACAGACCAGCUACCUCAAAAACAGUGGAAACAGACAUGGAAAAAGUCCUUACCAAAAGUAAGACAACUUCUUUAGAAAUGGAGGAUAUCAACAGUACCUUCAUUGAAGCCCAAACCAAGAUUUUUGCCAAUGAAAACUCUCAAAUCAAUCUGUCAUCCAAAGACUCAUCUGAGAAGUUUCUGAAGUCUGUGGCGAGGGAGGCAUACUCCACUAAAGCUUGCCACGAGCAUGUUCAACAAAAGGCAAAAAGGCAGUUGACCUCAAAAACAAUGGAAAAUGUGGUAGAAAAAUGCGUUAACAAACAGAAGAAAAGAACCAUAGUACUCUCAUCACUAACUGAGGGCAGCAAUGAUGCCUUACUUCAUGGACAAACUAGUCCAUCAUCCAAGUACAUGCCUAAAAGGUAUCCCCAGACUGUGGAUUUGAGUCCUAAUCCCGUGAGUCCUCACUUUGUUCAAAAAUCUUCUCAGCCUUGUGAGCGCUUGAAGCACAUGGAGCACUCUACAGUCCAAAAAAAUGAAACUCUGGUGGCACCAGAAACCAGCAAAAACACUCGCUCCUCUAAAAAGGAGACGCAACAUUUUUACAAAGAGAUAAAUGACAAGACUGGAUACAGAGGAAAGCACCACACUGAUGCACACCAUACAUUACUUUCUAAAACUAAUAACAGCUCAGCUAGUCCCAGACAACAUUUUUCUUUAUACAGUUUACAGCAAUCUCAUUCCAACAGCAGCACCUCAACAUUAAGUCAGUCUUACACUCAUACAAAGGACCCAUCAUCCUCUACAUCCAUGCAGCAAUCAGCCAAGAAGCAAGUGUUUAAUGACUGUCAAAAGCGCUUUGUCCCAACCAGGAGAGCUCAAAAAAGUAGUCUGGAGAGUAACCUACGAACCCAGAACAGCUUCAAGUCACUGAAGAAAGGUAGAUCUGGUGAUGAUGUGGCACCCAAACAGAGACACAGCUCCUGUCAGUCUGUACCUCCUCUGAUGAAGAGGACCAAGUGUGAAGCCAUUCAGCUGACAAAGGCCAGAAAUCGGGACACGGCACGGAAACAAAGAUUCCUUGUGAGUGAAGGCUGUAAGUGGAAGAAUGAAACAAGCUUCAUGGCUAACAGAAGAUGAUCCUCAACAAUAUAUACAUGGACUGCAUAUAAAACAUGAAUCAGGCUUCUGGCCCAAAUGUAAAACUAUACAUUCUUACGUUUCUUUUUUUCCUAACAGCCCUGAGGGAACUAUUUUGAGUUGUUUCAGAUGUUUGUAGAGGUGCCACCAUUUCUGUCUUUGGUUUAUCAAAAGCUCUUCGGUACAGUACAGUGACAUUUCAUAUAAAACUGUAAAAUAUUCAAUAUUUUUCUUGUUGUCAGUGUUAAAUAUGUACAUUUAAUUAAUGUUAUAUUGUUAACAUGUGUCACCAUUGUCAUUGUUUAAACAGGAAUCUGUUUGCAAAGGCUACUUCAUACUUCACAUUUUUACUUUGAAAGCUUAUCUAGUACACACCAACUAUAACUGUAUUCUCAAUUAUACUGCUGAACAAAUAUGAGAAAUGAUAAUAUAUAUGUUGCAAAUUCA